AUGAACAAGCUAUCCCAGAGCACCACUCUGUGGCUUCGACAGACCUACGCCUUGACAAAGAAGAUUCUGCUCAUCACAGUCGUUCGCCACUGGUUAUCAACAUUAAUUCGCUCCCUCGUCAUACCAAUUCUCGUCCUCUCGCUGGUCCUCGGAGCCCAGAACUUCACGUCCUCGAACAAUAAGUACGGCGUUGGCAAGCCGACAUCCGGUCCGAUCCUUUCCGAAGUCACUCCCGAUGGCGCGAAACUCUUCAUUAUCCAGCCCUCUGGUGCGGGAAGUGACAUAGCGGCUGUGAUUGAAGAGGUGGUCAAACCGCUUGGGAAAAAGGUCAAGGUUGAAAUACUCAAGGACGAACAGGAAUUGAUGAAGAAGUGCCCCACGGACAUAAAUGGAAAAACAGAUUGCUAUGCCGCCGUCACCUUCAAUGACUCUCCUCUCAGUGACGGCGGAAAUAGACAGUGGAAUUAUACGAUGCGAUGUAGUUCCUCCAACGUUGGAUACAGCUUCGACGUCUUUCAAUCAGCCAAGGCGGUGACGAACCCCUAUAUCCCGUUGCAACUCGCCAUCGACCAAGCCAUCACCAAUUCGACAGCACUCCCCGACAUGUACAUGUUCACUCGAACUACCCAGGAACAGGCCGAGGCAGCGCAUCGCCGUCAGUCCAUCGACAUGGUCUUGGCAGGGCUCAAUCUCGUAUGCUUCACAAGCAUGCUGUCCCUUGUCUACCACGUUGUUGGCACAAUAGCAUCGGAGCGCGAGUCGGGCAUGACGCAGCUGAUUGAUGUCAUGGGCGGAGGUGCAUUUUCCGCUCGAGUGCUGAGCUAUGUGAUUGCAUUUGACAUUAUAUACCUACCGUCCUGGAUCAUACUAGGAGGAAUCUACUCUAGUCUCCUUCUUCCGAGUUCUAAUCCCGGCAUAACCAUUCUCUGGCAAAUCCUCACCGGUUGGGCUCUGACCAGCGGCUGCGUCUUUGGCGCGACAUUUGCCAUCAGAUACUCUACCAUCCUCGCCAUUAUUGCCCUGGUCGGCAUGGCUGCAUUCGCACAGCUUCUCGACACCCAAACAGAACCUAUAUCCGCGGACGUGACCAUGGCAUUCUCCAUCAUGUUCCCCAGCUGCAGCUACGUCUUUGUUCUGAACGCUAUGGCUCGAUACGAAAAGGCAGGAAAAGCGACCAACAUCUACGCCAUACCCCCUGAACUUAACAUACAGAAAGCUACCAUUGGGACGCUGUGGCUGUGCUUAUGCUUGAGUAUCGUUGCGUUCCCCUUGGUCGCUAUCGCGAUCGAACGAUUUAUCCACGGGACGAGCCGCCGCGGGCGUAAGUUCAAGACAGGCCCUGAAGCAGCCAACACUUCAUUGGCCCUGCAACUCAUCGGGGUUACAAAGACAUACAAAGCCAGUAUAUGGAAACGAAUGUGCUGCUUCGGCAAGCAUCGUCCGUUCAUUGCCGUUGAUUCGAUGACCUUCUCAAGUAGUAAGAAGGAGGUCCUCUGCCUGCUGGGUAGUAAUGGCUCUGGGAAGACGACGACAAUGGAUCUCAUCACUGGAAGACAGAGCAUGACGGGCGGAACAAUCCAGAUCAAUGCCCCGGCGUCCAAGCUUGGCUUCUGUCCGCAACGAAACAUACAAUGGGACGAACUAACGGUUCUGGAGCAUGUCAGCACAUGGGAUAUGAUCAAGGGGGGCAACUCAACUCGAUCACGAUUGGAAAGACUUGUCGAGUCAUGCGAUCUGAGUCUCAAGAUGCACAGCCGGGUUGGAACACUCAGUGGUGGACAGAAGCGCAAGGUUCAGCUGGCAUGCAUGCUUGCUGGCGGAAGCUCCGUCUGCCUGAUGGACGAGGUGACAACAGGAAUGGACCCAGUGUCACGCCGAGCUGUCUGGAACAUCAUCCUAGCCGAACGCUCGAAGCGAUCCAUCAUCCUAACGACGCACUUCCUCGACGAAUGCGAUGUCCUGGCCGACCAGGUUGUUCUCAUCUCCCGCGGCCAUGUAAAGUGCCAGGGCUCACCUGCAGAGCUGAAGAACUUGUACGGAGGGGGAUACCGCGUUCACGUGCCACAUAUCGACGGUAUUCCCCGGACAGAAUUCCCAUCAGUGGUUCACCGAGGCGAAACAAUCUUCAACACACCCGACUCGGUCUCUGCUACCAGGCUCCUCAAAUCCCUAGAAGCGGCUGGGCUGUCCGAUGCCGUGGUCUCGGGGCCGACAAUUGAACAUGUCUUUCUACAAGUCGCCAACGACACUGAGGGGCUGGAGAAGACGACUUUACCCAUUUUGGAAGACGACUUGACACCCCUCACUGCGGUUGAUCCAACACCGAACGGAGAAUUGUCCUCAGGCACGCAAACAACCUUCAUCCAGCAGCUUGCAGCUCUGAUGGUAAAGCGUCUUACCAUUUUUCGCAGCAACUUUUGGUGGUACAUUGUAGCCAUGGGCCUCCCUCUAGCUUUGUCACCAGCCGCAACUUCACUGUUAAAGAUUUCGGACGGCAUCGACACAUUCCCAUUCGAGCUACCUUUGUGCAUCAGCACUCAGCCAUCUUUCUUUGACGAGCCAUAUUUAGUUGACAUGGCUGCAUCCGGAUACACCGACGCGGUCGGCUCAGACGCCAUGUCGAUGCUCCUAGGCCCGCAAUCGACACGCAAAAAGGUGCUUGGCGUCAUCGAGAAGUUUCCAAUUGGAGACAGGUAUAAUUCCAAAAACUUCAACUCCGACUUCACCUUUCAAAACGGCUUCGAUGCUUUCCAAAACCGCAUGCGCGAACCGGUCAAAUUUACACCAGGCGCCAUCUACUUUGGUGAUGACUCGGCCAAGGCCACCAUUGCCUACAAUCCCGAACUCGGCUAUGACACACCUGUCUUGAUGCAAAACCUUUAUAGCCAAGCCGCCAGUGGUGUUCCCAUUGCAGUGCAGCUGGCCUUGUUCAGCAACUCAACGCCUGCUGACGCCGGCUCAGGCUUGCUUGCUGCAAUAAUACUUGCCUUCCUACACUCCCUCUACCCAGCAUUCUUCGCUCUCUACCCGGCCUACGAAAAGCUGCAAAAGGUCAGAGCCCUUCAGUACUCCAACAAUGUCCGCCCAUACCCACUUUGGGGCUCAUGCAUGGCCUUUGACUUGAUCUUCGUCACCAUCAUUGCUGCUCUUGGAACGCUCGCCCUUUCAGCUGAUGUCGAGAACUGGUACUCUGUUGGCUACAUGUUCCCAGUCAUGUGGCUCUAUGGAAUUACGAGCAUGCUGUGGAGUUAUAUCAUCUCCCUGUAUGCAAAGUCUGAGUUAGGGGCCUUUGGCUUGACGGUUUGUUCUAUGGUUGGUGCCUUCAUCAUCACCUUGAUUGGUUUCUCACUAACUAGUCAGCUCGGUGCAACAAAUCCGAAUCCUAACAGCCCAACCCUUACUCUAGACGCAGUAUCCUUCUCUCUCGGUCUGCUGUUCCCCAUCAUGAACCUAUUCCGGGCCAUGGCGGUUGGCCUCAACAUCUGGCUCGUCAGCUGCCGUAACUACGAGCUGCUUAGUUACCCGGGGGACAUUCGUGCUUAUGGCGGGCCUAUAAUGCUGCUUGUUAUCCAGAUCUUUUACUUAUUCCCUCUUCUUGUCUGGCUAGAUGAUCAAAGGUCUUUUUCUUUCUCUUGGCCGUGGCGUCGCACAAAGCAGGCCAAUGUUGAAGAUCUUGUCUCCAACAAUCACAAUGGUAUUGAGAUGGAUAAUAUCGGCAACGAGGGUUCCGCCUCGGAUCUGCUUCGUGUAACGCAAGUGACCAAGUCAUUCGGAGGCAAACUUGCCGUCCAGAACGUGUCCUUGGUGAUGGGCGAGAGCUCGGUUACUGCGCUGCUCGGCCCCAAUGGCGCUGGCAAGACAACGCUGACAAAUAUGAUGCGCGGUGAGAUGGUCCCAGACAAGGGCAAGAUCUAUGUGGAGGGAGUUGAAGUGCAAGGGAAUCUCCAAAUGGCGAGGAGAUCCAUUGGCGUCUGUCCACAAUUCGACGCUCUAGAUAAGGUCACUGUCAGACAGCAACUGAACUUCUAUGGCCGGAUCAAGGGUAUCGACAACAUAAAACAGAACGUUGACCUGGUCAUGUCCAAGGUUGGCCUGGCACCCUACGCCUCUCGCCUUACCCAUCUUCUGUCAGGCGGCAACAAGAGGAAAUUAAGCCUCGCGAUUGCACUACUUGGUAACCCCAAAGUCCUUAUCCUUGAUGAGCCAAGCUCCGCAAUGGACGCCUUUGCGAAACGAGAAAUGUGGAAGAUGCUCUCCUCAAUCACCUCAGGACGCUCCGUCUUACUAGUUACCCAUUCUAUGGAAGAAGCUGAUGAGCUGGCUACCCAGGUAGCUAUCAUGUCUAAGCGUAUCCUAGCACUUGGCACAAGUCAAGAUUUGCGUAAGCAAUAUAGCAAUGUAUACGACGUCCAUUUAGUGCUUGAAUCAGCACCGGGUUCGUCACCUACAGAGAUCCAAGAACUCGAGUCCUGGGUUCGCGAUGCUUUCCCGCAAGCCUCUUUCGAUGCCAUCAACCUCGGUGGGCAAGAGCACUGUCCUGAGGUUGAUGGAGACUUUGGAUCAACACCGGACGAGCCUUAA